AUGCUAAGACAAGCUUUCAGAAGAGCUUCGACUCUUCCUCCAAAUGCGCUAAAGCCAGCCUUCGGUCCUGGUGACAAAGCUGCUGCCAAAGCUUUCAAAGAAUCGCUCGAAAACUCGCAACACCACGCUAAGGAUACCUCUGGUUUGUGGAAGAAAAUCUCCUUUUUCGUUGCUGCCCCAGCUAUUACUCUUGCUGCCAUCAACACUUAUUUCAUUGAAGCUGAACAUGCUGAACACCGUAAACAUUUGAAGCACGUUCCAGACUCCGAAUGGCCAACGCCUUACGAAUUCCAGAAUAUUAGAUCGAAGCCAUUUUUCUGGGGUGAUGGUGACAAGACGUUAUUCUGGAACCCUGUUGUAAACAGACACAUUCAGGACGAGUAA